AGAGAGAGAGCGAGAGAGCGAGCGAGAAGGGCAGAGGGAGUGUGAGCGAAUGAAAGGGUGAGAUAAGCAGAGAGAGCUGCAGCUCUUCAGUGCAUUCGGCUUGCAGCAGAUCAGGAGGCAGGAAGGAGGGAGAGCACCAGCACCUCACCCAAGGGGGCGACACCACACCUCACUCUCUCUCAGACACACGCAUACACACUCACACGUCACACACACGCAAUCUGCAAGGAGGCGUGAGGCUCCGGAGGAGGAACACCACACACACACACACACACACACACACACACGCUGUUUUGCUGGUUGAGCUGCGCUUUGGAGAGCUGUCUCUUGAAGACUGGACCAGAGCUGUAUCCAGCGCUUCAUCCAUCCUUUUCCUUCCUUCCUGCUCUCCAUCCUCUUCCAGCAGCACCUCUCCGUCACGCUUCCCUCCAUCAUUCGGACUGAUUUGCAUCUGACCUCUUGUCUCCACUCCAGUCCAAGAAUUUAAAGGAGAAACCAGCCGAGCGACUGAGAGAAGCACCGUCCGACUGCAACCAUGAACUUCCUGCGCCGCCGCCUCUCCGACAGCAGCUUCAUGUCCAACCUGCCCAACGGCUACAUGACGGACCUCCAGAGGCCUGACCCACCCGCUCCUCCUCCGCCCACCGCCUCCUCUCCGUCCCAGCAGGGUGCCGUCCCCGCCACAGCUCCGGCCCCUGCCCUGUCCCCGACCACAGCUCCGGCGCCGGCCCAGGCGCCGGCCAGCUCCCCCGCGGCUCAGGAGCGGCGUCCGACUCAGCUGUCCCAGCAGCCCCAGCAGGCCCAGUCCUCCUCCGGCGGGUCGUCCGGCUUCUUCAGCUCCUUCAGCUCCAUCACCAACGUGGUCAAGCAGACGGCCGCGUCCGCCGCCGGGUUCGUGGAGCAGUCGGCUCCCUCGCCCUCCCUCUCCAAGAAAUUCAAGAUCCUGUUGGUCAUUGAUGAGCCCCAGCAUGAAUGGUCCAAAGUGUUUCGCGGGAAGAAAGUCCUUGGUGACUAUGACAUUAAAGUGGAGCAGGCUGAGUUCUCAGAGGUCAACCUCGUGGCACAUUCGAAUGGGACCUGCAAUGUGGACAUGCAGGUCGUCCGGGGCGGGACCAAAGUGGUCAGAUCUUUUAAGCCUGACUUUGUCCUGGUGCGCCAGCACGCCUUCAGCAUGGCCCAGAACGAGGACUUCAGGAACCUGAUCAUCGGCCUGCAGUAUGCAGGAAUCCCCUCCGUCAACUCUCUGGACUCCAUCUACAACCUCUGUGACAAACCCUGGGCUUUCUCCCAGCUGAUCAAUAAUCAGAAGAGGUUGGGUCAAGAUAAGUUCCCGCUCAUCGAUCAGACUUUCUACCCCAACUACAGAGACAUGAUCACCACUCCCAGUUUUCCAGUGGUGGUGAAGAUCGGACACGCGCACUCCGGAAUGGGGAAGGUGAAGGUGGAUAACGUGAGCGACUUCCAGGACAUUGCCAGCGUGGUGGCGAUCACUCAGACCUACUGCACCACCGAGCCAUUCGUAGACGCCAAGUACGACAUCAGGGUGCAGAAAAUCGGCGCUGACUACAAAGCUUACAUGCGAACGUCCAUCUCCGGUAACUGGAAAAGCAACACUGGGUCUGCCAUGUUGGAACAAGUAGCCAUGACUGACAAGUACAAGCUGUGGGUCGAUACCUGCUCCGAGAUCUUCGGAGGGCUGGAUAUCUGCGCCGUCAAAGCCAUCUGCGGCAAGGAUGGUAAUGACUACAUUACUGAGGUCGUGGGUUCAUCUAUGCAGCUGAUCGGAGACCACCAGGCGGAGGACCGCCAGCUCAUCUCAGAGGUGGUCAUGGCUCGGAUGAACCAAGCACUGGCUGCAAGGUCAUCCAGCGCGUCCCGCUCACCCGCCCGCUCCCCUCAGAGCCAGAAGCCAACCACGGUGCAGCCCCAACAGAGCGCUGCCCUCAAGGAAGGACUGGCAGAUCCAAACAGGACCGCAGCUCAACGUCCUCAACCUCAAGGUGCUCCAAUGAAAUCCCAGAGCGUGGACACGUCGUCCGAGGCGGCUAAGAGAGUCGAACCGGUACCAAAGCCCAGCCAGGCUCAGAAACCUGGUCCAGGUCCAGCUCAGAAACCCGCUCAGCCUCAGAAACCAAGCCCGGUGCAGAAGGCCGCCUCCGUCACAAAGCCCCCGGUGCAGAGGCCUCCCCCGAUGACCAGGGCCCCGUCCGUCACCAAGCCGGGCCCUGAUUCUGCUUCCAGCCCUGCCAAGGCGUCGCCCUCAUCCCCGGCUAAAACGGCAGCCGCCGCCGCCCCGGCUUCCCCUCCCGUCAAAGCAGCGGCUGCCGCUCCGGCUUCUCCUCCGACCAAAGCGGCGGCUGCAGCUCCGGCCUCCCCUCCGACCAAAGCGGCGGCUGCAGCCCCGGGGUCUCCGUCGGCUUCAGCUUCCCCGCCGGCCUCCGCUCCCACCACCGAGCAGCCCAAACCCCAGCCUCAGGGCUCCCCGUCCCCGGCUCCCGGAAAACCAAAAGAUCUGCCCCCCAAGCCCACACCUCCCGCCAAGCCCAUCCCUCCCAUGCGGAGGAAUUCCAAGCCGCAGCUCCAGCCAAAGCCACAAACCCCGCCUCCUCCCAAAGCUUCGCCCAAACCCCAGCCUGCGGCUCCGGCUCCGGCUCAGGCCUCCGACGCCGCCUCCGCUCCGGCGCCGGUCCAGUCCCCGGCCGCAGCCAGCCAGUCCCCGCCAAACGUGCAGUCCCCAGCUAAGGCCCAGGCCAAGCCGCCGUCUCCCUCUUCAAACCCCGAGCCGGUCCCGGCUGACGCGGCGGCGGCGGCGGCGCCCGCUGACGGCCAGGCCCCCGUGGAGGAUCAGCCCCAGCAAAAGACCCAUCCUCUGCUGAAUAAGUCCCAGUCCCUGACUAAUGCCUUCAACGCCUUCAGCGACUCCUCUUUCUUCCGCGGGGUCUCGAGCUCCGGAGGCGACGGCCAAGAGGAGGCCAAGGCUGAGACCAUUCGCAACCUUCGAAAGUCUUUUGCCAGCCUUUUCUCUGACUAGACACGCCCGAACCGUAGUCAGCCCCUCCUCCACAGCCCCGCCCGCCCGCGUCGGUUCUGGCUCCUCUGUUUACCGCUGGCCAGUGAUGACUUGAUUGACAAUAAAUGUGAAGCAGUCUGAGAUUUAAAAAAAAACAAAACAAAACAAAAAAAACGUUUGUGUGUUAACUGUACUGUACUCCCUCCGUCCCCGGUCCCUGUUCUGCACCACUUUCAGCUUCCCUGUGUGAGUAUCAGUGAGGCCUGCUGGGUAGGAAGUCCAACGGUUGAAGGGACACCAGAGGAAUUCAGCUUGAAGGAGUUACGUCAUUGAUGUAGAGUAGAUUCUAGAAGAAUAGAGCUUAGGA